AUGAAGCGAGUCACUGACCCGUUCGACCACCAGGCCCGAGCUCGACUCGUCGGUACUGAUCACCGGCAAAUCACCUCCGCCGCCCAAGGUGACUCUGACUCCCUUUCCCUCUCUUGUCUCAUCCACGGUUUCCUCGAACAAGACACCACCAACGACGACUCUGACUCAGUAAUUCAUGACUCGGACUGGGACCCAGUCGACUCAGUGGACGACUCCCCCGACUCGCCGAGCAACUCGCCGAGUCUCUCUUUCUUACACUCCAACAAUGCGGACCCUUACAGAAACUUACUUAUCGCGCACGUUUCGGAGGCGUUGGAGAGCCUCGCGUUUCUUCGGGAGCGAAACGCGUCGCUCUUCCGGCGGAGCGUGGCGGCGUUCCUCCGGGAGAGAAGGCACGACGCCGCGGUGUGCGAGACCGCGCGGGACUCCUCCGGCGGAAGCCACGAGUUCAUCGACGUGGUCCAGACCGGAUCCGCCACAUGCAGGUAUUUCGUGGACCUCGACUUCCGCGCGCAGUUCGAGAUCGCGCGCCCGACGCGGCGGUUCUCGGAGGCGCUGGCCGCCGUUCCCGGCGUGUUCGUCGGGGGCGCGGAGGAGCUGAAACGCACCGUUUCGACGGCGUGCGACGCCGCGAGGAGGUGUUUCAGGAGCAGAGGGCUUCCGGUUCCGCCGUGGAGGAAGAACCGGUUCAUGCAGAACAAGUGGUUCGGGCCGUGUCGCCGAACCGCGAGGGAUACUUCCAUGGGAUUUAACGGUGGUGUUAGUUGCAGGGUGGUGGGGUUCGACGACGUCGUUUCGGAAGCGGGACGUGGCGGUGGCGUUGUUGUUCGUACGAGAUGA